UCUCCUUCAACUUUCUGUCACAGGCGUCCCAGUCGCGUCACGUGUUUGAUUCGAACAGGGGGCGGGUGUUUCGGCGCUAAGCUGGCCUGCCCAUUGGACGUCCGCGUCGCCGAUAAGGCAGCUGAGCGCUGUGAUUGGCCCGAGGACGCAGACCCGGGCGCUUCCUUGACUCAUAGAGGAGCGGGCCCUCGGAGACGAGCGUCAAUCUCCAUCCGUCAACACCGGCAGGAGAGAGCGCGGAUAACAAGAGCACGGUUAUUUAAAAAUAAUUUGACAAUACAUUUCUGCGUUUAAAUGUUCGUUAUUUUUGUUUUUUAGCUUCACAGAUGUGAGUUCUACGCGGAGCUGCUGAGCCUGCGUUACCUUAUCUUUUCUUUUUUUGCCAGAAAACAAGAAAGUUUCCUCCAUGUGGAUAUUUCUCCAACUCUGGAUCUCAUUGGUUUGACAUUUAACAGGAUUUUUUAUUUUUUUAAAAGGAGCCUGAAGAAGGAGCCGACAUUAACACCGGGGACCUGAGCACCUCAGCACCGGGAGAUCUGCCCCCCUUUUCUGCCCGUCCUGUAGACUCCGGUCUCCCGUCCGUGCUUCUAGCAUGAUGUCUUAUCUCAAACAGGCCCCGUACGGGAUGAACGGACUGGGCCUGAGCGGAGCUGCUAUGGACCUGCUGCACCCAUCUGUAGGCUACCCCGGUAACCCGCGGAAGCAGCGCCGGGAGCGGACCACCUUCACCCGGACGCAGUUGGACAUUCUGGAGUCGCUGUUCGCCAAGACGCGCUACCCGGACAUCUUCAUGAGGGAGGAGGUGGCGCUGAAAAUCAACCUGCCGGAGUCCCGAGUGCAGGUCUGGUUUAAGAACAGGCGAGCCAAGUGUCGGCAGCAGCAGCAGAGCAGCAACAGCGCCAAGGUGAAACCAAUGAAGAAGAAGUCCUCUCCGACGAGAGAGAGCACCGGUUCAGAGAGCAGCGGCCAGUUCACCCCGCCGGCGGUGUCCAGCUCCUCCUCCUCCACCUCCUCCUCUACCUCCUCUUCCUCCACCUCCUCUGGUCUCGGCGGUCCUGGUCUGAUCAGCACAUCUACCUCCAUCACCGCCCCGGUGUCGUCUAUCUGGAGCCCGGCGCCCAUCUCCCCGGCCCCGGCGCCGGCCACGCUACCCGACCCUGCUGCCCCCACCAGUGCCUCCUGCAUGCAGCGCUCUGUGUCGUCCUCCGCUUCUGGAGGAACGCCCUCCUACCCGGUGUCUUACGGCCAAACGGCGGCGGCGUACAGUCAGGGUUACCCGGCCUCUGCAUCAGGCUCUUACUUCGGUGGCGUGGAGUGCAGCUCGUACCUGGCGCCCAUGCACUCCCACCACCACCCGCACCACCCACACCAGCUCAGCCCUAUGACUGGCAGCUCCAUGUCGGGACACCCGCAACACCACAUCGCCCAGACAUCAGGGCACCACCACCAUCACCACCACCCGUCACACCACCACCAGGCGUACAGUGCGCCGGGCCUCACCUUCAACUCCACAGAUUGUCUGGAUUACAAAGAGCAGACGGCGGCUUCGGCCUGGAAACUCAACUUCAACACCGCCGACUGUUUGGACUACAAAGACCAGGCCUCGUGGCGUUUCCAAGUGCUGUGACUUGUGUGUCGUCUUCUCUGCUUACAAAGAAAUAUUCUUUUGUUGUUGGUGGUUUAUUUUUGCAGAUCCUUUAAACUAAUAGUAGAGACAUUUAAAGAAAAAAAAGUUUAUUUGUGAGCAAACUGAAAAGUUGCACAGAGACCUGAAGCCUGAGCAGCAGGCCUCGGGUUCAGCUCUGUCGCCGUCAGCGGGUCAUCUCGUCCAGGAUUAUUUUUCUACUCCAGAACUCGAGAGAAACUGACCCAGUCACAACUUUUGAAGGCCUUGAACAGUACAAUUUCAGUGGAAUCUGCAAGAUUGUGCAGUCUUGGGAUCUUCUCAGUCAGUUAACUCCAACUUGAUUGGAAUUUUUCUUCAAAAAAAAAAAAUCAGCGUUGACAGAAAUAACAUGAAAAAAAUCAUAAAUUAGACUCUUGAGUGGACUUUUCCUAAAAAUCAUUUUCAAAAUCACAAUGCUGCUAUGAUUUUCAGGUUGCUGAUGUUCAUUUCUAUCUGAUUUUGAAUCUUGUUCAGAAACUCGUCGUCCGGCCUGUUGGUGUUGCAGCACUUGUUUAUAAGGUGAAAGAUUUUUUGCUAUUUGUUCUUUGCAGAGGAAAGAAAA